AUGGUGAUUUGUCCCUCAAUGUUGGAAUCUGCUGAAACCCCCCAGGAUGUGAAGUUUACGAAGAUGGUGAUUGAUGAAGAAGAAAGUUUUCCCUUCGAAAAUAAAGCACUUGAUCUCGUUAUAUCAAAUUUGAAUCUUCACUGGGUGAACAAUCUGCCGGGUUGCCUCAAGGAAAUCUAUCGAGUGUUGGGAGAAGAUGGUGUGUUCCUGGCAUCAGUGUUUGGGGGAGACACUCUAUAUGAACUUCGCUCGUCUUUGGUGCUGGCUGAACUAGAGAGAGAAGGUGGCUUUUCUGCACAUGUGUCACCUUUUGCUGAGAUAAGGGGACACAGAUGAGAUUUCUGUUGGUUUCCCAUCCAUGUUUGAACUGAUGUGGGACCUUCAAGGAAUGGCAGAAAAUAAUGCUGGUAUCAAUCGUAAACCCCAUCUCCACAGGGACACACUGCUUGCUGCUAGUGCCAUUUAUCAAGAAAUGUAUGGGAAUGAAAAUGGGAUUCCAGCAACAUUCCAGAUUAUUUAUAUGAUCGGAUGGAAGCCAGAUCCAAAACAGAUGGGCACCCAAGCUGAGCGAGGCAGUGGUCAAGUUUCUCUCAAGGACUUGCACAAGUUGGAUGACAUGAUCCGAGAUGCAGGAAUGGAGGGCAGAAUUAAGUUCAUGCAAGACAUGACUUCAGAUGACAAAGACAAGAAAGAUUAAAUUACCCAAUCUAAGAAAAAAAAUGCU